CGUCGGUGCCACGUGGCAUAUAGCCGCCAGAAGCGAUGGCGCAUUGCAGUAGCUGUUCUAUGGAGCUCCGCGGGAGGAUUUCGUCAACGUCGAUUCUCUGCAAGAACCCUAGCGCGCCAUGGUGCCGCGGCCAGGCAAGACCGAAAUAUUUCCGGAUUCAAGCCUCGAAUCUGGCGACCGAGAGAAAAUCGGGAUCGCCUAGCGUGUCGAUUCAGCCGGAGCCAAGGAAAAUCCCAUACGGUUUGAUUACAUCACUCUCCGGGCUAGGAGCGAUCGAAACAGCGUAUCUUUCCUGGAUUAAAAUUUUUGGAGGCUCGGCCAUUUGUCCGGCUAGUGGCCCGGGCCAUGGAUGCAACGAUGUCUUGAACAGCGCUUAUUCCACCCUUUUUGGUACUCCAUUGUCACUUAUCGGCUUUGUUGCGUACUCCAGUAUAUCUCUGCUUGGUUUCUCGAUGAUCCAAUCUCUUUUCCCGGAAGAUGAUGUGAGAUGGCUGCUUCUCGGAGGCACGACGGCUCUAGUCUCUGCGAGCAGCUAUUUCUUAUAUCUCUUGACCUUCAAGCUCGAGAAUGCAUCGUGCGCUUAUUGCGUGGCGUCAGUACUUUUAUCCUUUGGCUUGUUUAUCUCUACACUCAAGGGAUUCAAGUGGAAGGAUGUGCCUCGAAUGGCUGGCUUGCAGCUCGUGGUUGGAGCUGCGGUCAUCUUUACGUUAUCUACGGGAUUUGCAGCUGCUGGUCCUGCUCUUGCGGGGUCGUCUGAAGAUAUCGACUUACCACCGAUUGAACCGGAGGUAACAACGUCUUCCGAUGCAACAAAGAUGGCGCUUGCGAAACAUCUCAAGUCGAUCGGUGCAAAGAUGUACGGUGCGUUUUGGUGUUCUCAUUGUCACGAGCAGAAACAGGAGCUAGGCAAGGAAGCGAUGAAGAUCUUGGAGUACGUUGAGUGCUUUCCAGAUGGGUAUAGGAAGAACGUCAAGACGGCGAAGGCUUGCGAGGCUGCAAAGAUCGAAGGCUUUCCUACCUGGAUCAUAAAGGGCGAGAAAUAUUCGGGCGAAUUAAGUUUAGAGGAGCUAGCAGACGCAGCGGGAUUUAGCCUUGAGAAGUAAACUUUAACGUGAUAGUUCUAAAUCUAAAAAAACAAAAAAAGCUUUAAAGUUGAACAUCUUUAGUAACAAUUGUUGCUACAUUUUAGUAUAGUUUGAACAAUCCAUUAUAUGUAAUUCCCUUCAUUGACCAGU